UCGAAAUUUUCCCCAAUUUCUUUUUCUUUUUUUUUGUAAAACGAAUUCGAUCAAAUCCUCUCCUUCUCUUAGAUAAUUCUUUAAAUCAAUUGUUCUAAAAAAAAAUGGGACUAAAACGACCUUUUGACGCUGAAGAUAUGCAAGAGUGCAAUGCUAAACAUGCAAGACAGCUUACAUAUAACAACCAUGACCAGCUGAACCAGUUUGACGAAGCUAUGCCUUAUCAUCAUCUUCCUAUGGAGAAGAAGACUGGUGUUUUAGUAGAAGGUCUGGGUGGUCUCUGUGGGAACCCUACAUGGACUAAUGAUGUUGACAAGGGUUUUGACUCGUGUGCUCAGUUUCCGUGGAUUUCACCAGCAACCGAUUUGUGUCAGGAAGAUUCUCAAUCUGGAGGGAUGACUCAGUCAGAUCUUUCUAAUCAAUCUUUUGGUUCAGAUUUCACCUGGAGGCCACUUUCCCCAGUGGAAGACGUUUAUACUUGUCUGAUGAAACAACCACCAAGGAAACUAGUUCCUGUUGGGUCUAAUCACCAGGCGGAUAUUCCUGAGUUUGUCAAGAAAGAUAUUCUUGAUCGGUCAGGGAGUGGUAACGGUGACUUGGAAGAGAAGCUGAUGGGAAAGUGCAUAAUACCAAUGCAUGUCUCAGAUCUUUGUGGAACCGGCCAAGGAAGAAAAGGAUGUCUUUGCCCAGAUAAACACUCCAUUAGAUGCGUGCAGCGACAUAUCAUGGAAGCCAGAGAAGGGCUUGUUGAAACGAUUGGAUAUGAAAGGUUUAUGGAGCUAGGGUUCUGUGAAAUGGGGGAGGAAGUUGCAAGCUUGUGGACUAAAGACGAAGAAGAUCUCUUUCACAGGAUUGUAUACUCCCAUCCAUUUUCAGUGGGUCGCAACUUCUGGAAGCAAUUAAAGGCAACGUUUCCUUCAAGAACCAUGAAGGAAUUUGUCAGCUACUACUUCAAUGUCUUCAUCUUGCGUAGACGGGGUACUCAGAAUCGGUUCAGAGCCCUAGAUGUUGACAGUGAUGAUGACGAGUGGCAAGUUGAAUAUGACAUUUUUUACAAGACCAAAUUUUCAGAUGGGGAAGACAACAAUGGAAAUCACUCCUCAUAUGAAGAUAACGAGGAAGAAGAAGAGACAAACAGCAGUGAUGAUGAAGAUGAAGAGGAAGACUCACCAAGUAACGAUGCCCAUUGUGUAUAUAUGGAUAAGGCUUCAAGAGACAGUGUUGGUGAGGAUGUAAAUGUGGAAGAAGACUCAUGUAUGUCCUUCGAGUUACAAGACUCCAACUUGAUCUUCGCUCACAACCCAAACGAAAACAGAGAGUGCCAUAGAUCUGGUGAGGAUCAGAGACUCACAUCAGAUUGUUGGACCAAGAACAACGACCUUCUACCAACUUCCAACAUCAUUGAAGAGAUAUUUGGUCAAGAAGAUUGGGAAGAUAAUGAUGAUGAUAACUUGAAGGGGAAGUAAAUGGAAAAUUAAAAAUAGUUUUCAUCUCCUCUUCCAUGGAUUUCUGCUGAAGGUUUUUUUUUUUCCUAUGUGAAUUAUUAAAAAAAGAAAAAAAAAACGCAGAAGUUUGAAAGUUUUCUCUUAGGAAGUUUUUAUUGGUUUAGGUUGAAGAAGAAGAGAGUUGUUGUUAGUUGUUACUAAUUGGACAAAACCUUAUCUAUGAACAUGUACCCAUAUAGCAACUUUCACA